GGUUGAUUUGAUAACAAGUUGCAAAUUUACAGCUGAUCAUUCGGUCCCAACAAAUUUUAAUUUAGAUUUGCACCUUAAUACAUUGUUUUAAUUCAUUUGAAUGUAAACCGUAUAUGCAAUUUCAAAGGGCGGCGCCUGAAGCUAAAGACAAUCAGAAUUUUCAAACCGCGGAAAAGUACACAAAAGUCCUGCAAGAAUACCAUCAAGAAUUUCUGAAGGAACCCUAGCAGGAACCCCUGAAGGAAUCCUAGCAGGAACCCCUGAAGGAAUUCAAAGAAAAUCUUCUGCAUGUAUCACAAGAGAAUUCGCAGGGAAGUGUCUUGAGGGUUUCUUGUAGAAAUCUCCAAAAUAGUUCCGGAGGAAUUUCUGGUGGAAUACUAGCAGAAAUUCAUGGAGGAAACGCAACAAGAACUUCUGGAUGCCCCCAACAGGAACUUCUGUAGCAACUCUUAGAGGAAUUCUCGAUGGAAUCCUCAGAUUUUGACGUUCGAUUCGUUGUCGAAGAACCUGAAUAAGCCUCCCCAAAUAUCACAAUGUCCACCGCGGAAGAUGUAUCGUCCGUUUUGAUCACUUACACAAAGUGCGUUGACUUCGCAGCUGUCAAACACCGCAACCAACGCCGACUAGAUUCGGACAAAACUCCGUACAUCAACCACCCGAUCGGCGUAGCGCAAAUCCUAACCGCCGAAGGCGGCGUGACGGACUUCGAGGUCAUCCAGGCGGCCAUUCUGCACGACACCGUCGAGGACACCGAUACCACGUUCGAGGAGCUGGAACGCGAGUUUGGCUACCGGGUGCGACGGCUGGUUGAGGAAGUGACGGACGACAAAUCUUUGCCGAAGGACGAGCGAAAGCGGCUGCAGAUCGAGCAUGCGGCGGGGACAAGUCCACAGGCGAAGCUGGUAAAACUGGCGGAUAAGAUCUACAACUUGAGGGAUCUGCAACGGUGUAGACCGGGCGGGUGGACGGAAGAGCGCUGUCGGGAGUAUUUCGUGUGGGCGCGGAAGGUCUGCGAGGGUUUGAGGGGGACUAAUGCGGCGUUGGAGCGGAUUUUGGACGAGAUAUUUAUACAGGAAGGUUUAGAAUAGUAGAGGCUUUAUUGAAUAAAUGAGGAGAACCUUUCUUAUGAAUGUUGAGCGAGGAA